AUGAAGUAUGUUAAAAUGGCUGAUAUUUUUGGAGUAUAAUUUAAAUAAGAAAUACAUAAAGAUGAAAAACUUUAAAAAUCUGUUUUUGGAGGAGUAUUAUCAAUUAUUGUUACUUCAGUUAGUCUAGGUUACUUUAUAUAUAUGAUGGAUUAAUGGAGAAAUUCUAAUAUCCUACCAAAAUCAACAAAUAUCAUAAAGGCUGAAAACUAUUCAUCAAUAUAGUUUAGUAAUGAGAAUCUAUUCGAAUUAUGUUAUUGGAAGUACUAAGAGGAUAUAAUUGAUCCGUUCAGAACCACUGAUAAUAUUUUAAUGCCAAUAGGUAUAUAUAUUAUUGCUGGUAUUCCUUAAAAACCCUUUUCGUUAUUAAGUAACAUAACAACUCUAUCAACUUACAAUAGUAAUUUAUUUUAUGUAGAGAAUCUGAAUAUUAUUUAAAAUAGUGGAUUUAAUCCUUUGUUAAAUUAAACUAAAGAAUUGCUCAUUAUUAUAACAAAAUGUAAAUAAUACUUGCUCUCUGAAAAUUAAACAUGUGCAAGUGAAAAUGAAAUUGAAAACUUUUUCAUUUCAUAAACUAAUAUCUUGAGCUUUUGGAUAAAUACUAAGUAUUUCAAUUCAUAAAGCAGGAUUUUUGAUAUUGUAAAAAAAUAAUACUACAUUUCGUUUGAGAAAGAAAGAGCAUAAUAAAUUUAAGUAAUAGUAAAACAAUAAAAUACCAUAAUCGAUUCAGGAAUAUUAUUUGGAGAUUUUGAAGAAAAAGAUUUUAUAUUUGAUGCUUAAUUUUUAAUGAGUACAAUAUCCAUUGACUUUUUUGAAAAAAUGAUUAAUAUGGAUUCAUAUUUAACAUUUACAAUAAGAUUAGAUCCUUUUUCUUAUGAUACCUAAAUAGUUUAUCCUAAAUUAGGUGAGGUUUUAGCUUAAGUAGGAUCAAUAGUUAGUAUGAUUAUGAUGGUAUAAUAUCUAGCAUAUUAUUACAAUGAANUUUUUUUUUUUGCAGAAAUAUUAAUUAAUCAACAUAAUAUAAAAUGUUAAAUCGAUAUUUAUUCAUUUGAUAAAGGGGAUUAUGAAAAAUAUUUAAUUUCUAUAGGAUUAUGA